CUAGCGUGUUACUAUACACUAGCUCGAGGAGCCGAGAAGAAGCCAUCGUAUAGCGCUGCGUACAGGCACUCAGCAGCGCGUCUGGAGCAGUUCUUGCAGCCCCUCAGCUGUCCGCGGCGUUGAACUGGCGUGAUGAAGUCCGUAUUGUUGGCACUCCUCACUGUCCUGCCUCCCGGCGCCGUGUCCCUCCACUUGCCGAAAUACACCGGUUGGUUCCGUAUAGACGGUUCGAUGAUUCUGCGACGCGAGCUCAACGCGCACCAAUCACAACGAGAUUUCUUCGGCGAGAGUGAAAGGGUGUGGUCUCAAAUCGACAACGAGAUCACGAGACCACUCGAUUACCUUACAAAUUCGCCGUACAGCCAGCAGCCCAAGUUCCUGUUUCACUGCACGACUAAGCAGAGUGCCAAAAAAAUCGCGGAGAGCGGCGUCAUCUACGCGAGCGAAAAAUCAAACGGCGGCGACGCCUUCCUCGGUGACGGCGUCUAUUUCACUGCGAUUCCUGCUAACUGGGCGGAUCCAGAAGUGGUCAAGGCCAACAACUGGGGCUGGCAAAACAUCGCAAAGUACCGGCACAGAGAUAACGCCUUUGUCCGAAUCAAUUUUGAUGCUCUCGUAAACCUGCCAUGGAACCCAGAGAUCGCAUUUGACAAAAAAAGAAAUGCAAAUUUCUGCGUGAAGGUGCCCCGGGGCGACCUUUCUGUGACGUUACCGGAGCUAGAUGCCGAAAUUUGGUUUCACCCCGUGGAUCACGAUGAUGAGCCUGAGCGGUUCUGGAGUGCGAAGCGAGGCUACUACGCAAAGAAACAAACGUGGAAGAACACGCGAGGCUACGCGAAGCAAAAAAGGUGGUACUAGUAAGAGGGUAAGCUAGCUUGUGUG